AUGGCAUCUCUCAAAGGCCCUGGUGCUCCUCAGAAGCACGACGGCUCCGACCUACGCAUUGCGAUCGUCCACGCGCGCUGGAACACCACCAUGAUCGACGCUCUGGUCAGCGGUGCGAAGAAGACCAUGCUGGCUGCGGGCGUGAAGGAAGAGAACAUCGUGAUCGAGUCUGUACCGGGGUCAUAUGAGCUCCCCAUGGCAGUCCAACGGGUCUACGCCGCAUCUCAAAUCCAAAGCACAGCCAGCACCGUGGCUGGCGGGAUGGGCAGUCUGGCCAGCGGUAUCGGUGAUUUAUUGGGCGGAAGCAACUCCACCACCGACUUGCAAGGAAGCCUCCAGCCUGGCCCUCCUGAGACCGAGAAGAAAGAGUCGCAAGCAUCAAGACAUGUCUUCGAUGCGAUUAUCGCCAUUGGAGUGUUGAUCAAGGGAGAAACUAUGCAUUUCGAGUAUAUUGCAGAUGCGGUCAGCCAUGGCCUGAUGAGGGUGCAGCUGGACAGCGGAGUCCCUGUGAUCUUUGGUCUUCUCACGGUGCUGAAUGAGGCUCAAGGCCUGGCGAGAGCAGGUCUGGAAGGUGGCAGCGGCAAAGAAGCCACUGGCCACAACCAUGGAGAAGACUGGGGGAAUGCCGCCGUGGAACUAGGAGUCAAGCGCAGAGGUUGGAGUCAAGGCAAGAUUGCAGGGUCGUGA